UUGAUUGGGGGACUUAAAGAGAGGGAGAGUGAGUCUUGUCCUACUAACAGGCUAGAAUAUGGAGCAGCUAUAUUAAGAUGAUGGCAAUGGCCGACUCAAAGCAGACGAUCCUCUCACCUUUUUAGAAAAGGACGUUGCGCUGUUGCCACAAGUCCGGCAAGUGGAUUUAUUUAUACUCAUAAACUCCAACAGUGAUUUCUUUUCAAUUAGGUACUGCAAGAAUAGAAAAAUGAGGAAGUCAUCUGUCUUUGUCCACUAUUUAAUGUUUUUUGUGAUAUGCAUAGUUACUUUCGAACCAAUUCUAUGUGGAGAGUAUUCUGAAUAUCCUUCAUACGAAUCUAAACAGUAUGAACAUCACCACCAUGAUUAUCAUCCACCUGCCAAGAAAGGUGCCAACAUAGAUAUCAACAUUCCAUUCGACAUCCACACUCUGGCUAAAAUGGGACUCCUAGGUUUGACUAAGCUGAAUCUUCUGUUGGCCUUAGGAAAAGUAGCUGGCGCUAGUCUUGGCGUGUCGGCACUCGGUCUAAGCAAACUAGGGAAAAUAGCUCUCCAAGUCGGGGGGCAUGGUCAUAAGGGAGGAGGAAUCGCAAUUGACAUUGGUGCGCCACAUGCCAAGUCACACUCUCAUUACGAAGAGAAACAUUACGUUCCUGAAGAGAAACACUAUUGAAACUGCUAGUUUUUAAUAUUUUGUAAUUAUAGACUUAUAAUUCAUUUAGUUUUUUAAAAACAUCGUGCGUUUUGUAGAAACUACAACUGACGCCAAAGUGAGUGAAAGUGAGAAGAUUUAAACGGGAUUGUGACAACCCAUUCGUGCCCAGCAUUCUUUUAAAAUGACGUUUAUUUCCCUAAAAAAUUGAUUCAGUCGGACAAAGGUUUUAGCAUAAGAUUUAUUUCAACCAAAGCAAUAUGUUUACCGUAAUAUCUUAAUGAUAUAGUUAUUGAAACUAAUGUCAAGGCAUAGUACUGUUUCAAAGUUGAUUGUUGAAAGAAACAUCCAUUUAGUUUAAACAAAAUGCACAUUUCCAUUUUUUUUUUUUGGCCACUUUGUAUGGCUGAGCAUUAAUGGGUUAACUACAUUGAUGUCAUAGAAUGAAAGGAUGAUUUUAUUGCGAAGUUUGUAGAAAUUUAAUGUGAAUAUUUUUUGAAAGAUAGCUUAAUUUGAGCUCCUGAAAAAUCAGGCUAAGUAAAACGUAAGACUCAAACAAAGUAAAGCGCAUUAAAAAAGCUUGAAAUGCGUGAUUGAAAAAAUGAAUGUUGCUCAAAAUGCACUUUUAAGACAAUAAACAACCAAUGUAUAGCUGCCAACUUGAACGGCCGUUGAGAAAUAAUUUUCUUACUGGUAGCAACAUUAGCGUUUUGGCGUAUUAAAUCUUGAAGUUUAUAGUUUAUAAAAAGUUUUAAACUACCACGACGAAUCAAUAAUUUAAAAUUAUGUGUAAAUGAGAUUAAUUGAUUGCUAGUUAUUCUAAUAGGCCUACCUGCCAACUCUCCCAAAUUUUGCGGGAGAUUUUAUUUUCAUAUUUAAAGUGGUAGUAAAUAUAUACUAUUU